AUGCGCAGCCUUAUAAAUAAACUCUUUGGAGAUUCGGUCGCGGUGAAACAGGACCCUUUUCACGUCAUUCAGAGGCUCACGGAAAAAUGUUCUGAUCAAGCUCAGCGAGGCUGGCUCGCGAAGCGACUUUUGGCAGCAAUCUACGACGUAGAAAGAAAAAUUCGAUCGCCAAGUGCAACAGCAGAAAAAUUUGCGGAAGCUGCCUCUAGUGUGCCAACAUCAAGUAUUCGUGUAUCUACCAGUGAAUGGGAGGGCUGUGUCAACAGCAAUCUCGAGCAGAUUAGGCAAGGAGACCUUUUUGUUGAGGAGAGUGACUACAGUGAAGGUGGCAGUACGGUGCGAGUGGUGUCUACAAGUCAACUUGAAGCGAUUCAUUCAAAGUUGAGAAAACUUCUGGAUCGGGCGCUUUCGAUCGAGGUUGGGCUGCGUAUCCUGGAUAUCUUCCUAUUACAGGUUAGUUUUCUUGCAGGAUAUUUUUUUACUGGACGGUAUGUUAACCCUUUCAUUAUGGUUGUAAUACUAGCAUAA